AAUGAAACAGAUAUGAGAUUGAAUUUAGUAAUAACUUAGAUGAAUUGGCUUCUAAUGAAUCUUUUGGUAUAUAUGAAUUUUAAAUUUUAGCUGAUGAAUGCAUGCCUUAAUGUGCUUAAUGUACUGACUCUUUAUCUUGUAGUUCUUGUUUUAAAGGCAAGUAUUUAGAAGGAGGAAAUUGUUCUAACUGUAUUUCACAAUGCGAAUAAUGUAGUAAUGGGACUUCUUGUGAUUUAUGCAAAAGUGGAUUUUUGUAUAAUGAUUUUUAAUGUGUUUCGGCCUGUCCAAAUAAUAAAUAUGUAGAUAAUAUAAAAAGAACUUGUAAUGAUUGUAAUAUUAAAUGUAAAACUUGUUCUAAUGCAACUGAUUGUGACAGUUGCUUUUUGAAUAGAGAAUUACCUGGUUGUGGAUGUCCUGCUCAUAAUUAUGAUAAUUUGAAUUACUAAUAAGCUUGUUUUGCAUGUUCUGAUAUAUCUGAUGGAUGCUCUACUUGUGAUGAUAGGACUUGCUAAGUAUGUCUAGCGCCACGUUUUUUAAAUGAAAAUUCAUGUUUAAUUAAUUGUCCUGCAGGCAAAUGGGGAAAUACGGCAAAUAAAUAAUGUACAGAUUGUUUAGCUAAAUGUGAAACCUGCUCUAAUGCUACUGAUUGUGAUACUUGCUUUUCGAAUAGAGUUACACCUGGUUGUGGAUGUCCUAUUUAUCAUUACGAUAAUUAGGAUUAUUAAUAAGCUUGUUUUGCAUGUUCUAAUAUAUCUGAUGGAUGUUCUACUUGUAAUGAUAGGACUUGCUAAGAAUGUCUAGCGCCACGUUUUUUAAAUGAUAAUACAUGUUUAAAUGUUUGUCCUUCAGGUAAGUGGGGAAACACGGCAACCAGAUAAUGUACAGCUUGCUAAGCUAAAUGUGUAACUUGUUCUAAUGACAAUACUUGUGACACUUGCUUUGAGAAUAGAGUUCCUUAAUAAUGUAAUUGUCCUUAAUAUUCAUAUGAUCCUAAUGCUUUCAAUUAAGCUUGUACUAUGUGUUCUACUUUUUCAACUGGAUGUGCUACAUGCAAUGCAACUGAAUGUCUUACAU